AUGUCUGGCUCACGAUCCAUCGUCGCUGUUGUUGUCGCCCUGCUCUUAUCGUUUCUCAUCAGCGCGAUAAUGUGCUUCUCAAACCGGCGUAAGCUGGUGGUUGUACACGAGGAGCCACAGUAUUCGCAGCUGAACACGCGUGGAGCACGGCCCUAUACACUGUUCAAAUCGAUCUAUACGAAUAACACAGAUCGACCUCAGGAAUACUCGUUCAAGACCGAACGCAGUACCGAGAGCCUAUGCAGCGUUUGUCGAGAGCAAGGAUAUAUGAUUGGCGGAGAAAGCGAGCUGACACUCAAAACACCAUGUACUUGA